AUGAUUAGGCAUGACAAAUUAUGUGAAUCUCCCAUGGACAUUGAUACCCAGAAUUCUAUCCAAAGCUCAGAAGGAACAAGCUAUGAUGUGUCUAAUAACUCCCUUAUGGACAUCAGCGAACUGGUUCCCAUCUCUAAUGGAUAUGACAAUAGAUCUGCCAUGAAUCUUACUAAUGAAAAACCUUCUACUUCCAGGGCCAACAUCAGGCACAAUACCUUAGUUGAAAACAAAUUACCAAAUGUGCACAUGGCUUAUCUUCAGAAGCAUCUCCAGAAGAAAGGCAUUUCUCAACAAGCUAUCACGUUAUGUGCUAAAGCUCUUGACCCAAACUCAACCAAUACUAUAUCAUUAAACAUAUGCACAUGGACUUUAUGGUGUACCGAAAAUGCUAGAGAUCCCAUUAAUUGCCCUAUAAAUGAUAUUCUACAAUUCUUUACAACAAAAGCAAAUGAAGGGAAGUCAUACAAUAUUAUCACUGGAUAUAGGUCAGCUAUAAGCGAGAUACAUGAAUACAUCAAUAACUGGCCAAUUGGUCAGAACAGAGACAUUGCCAAUCUAAUGUUAGAAAUAUUCAGGACAAACCCACUUGCCAAACCUGGAGAUAAAAUAUAUGAUAUUACACCCUUCUUGAACUAUAUUGUAGCACUAGCCUGUCAUCCUUCAGACCUUGCUCAUUUAGACUUAACAACUAUCAGAUCUAUCACAAAUGGCAUUAUUAUUGAAUGCAUUAACUCAAAAGGAGCCAACAUCACUAUAGGUCAUGGAAUAAAUAAAAAACAUACCAAAAGGAUAUUUAUUGGCAAAUACCAGGAUGAUGUGAGGUUAUGCCCAGCUACAGCCCUACAUUACUAUUUAGCUCGGACGAAAGAGCUUUGGCAUUCUAAAGAGCAAAGAACUGCUAUAUUUUUAUCUAACAUUAGUUCUUACAAACCAGCAGCAGUUGAUACUAUCGCAAACUGGCUAAAGGAUAUUAUCAGAAGGUCAGCCCCAGAAGGGAAGGCUAAAGACAUUCACAUUCUAUCAGCUAUGUUAGCCCAAAAUUUAAUGUUAGAGCAAAAUAACAUUACUGAAAAAAUCAUGAAUCAAGCUAGAGGAUUGUAG